AUGUAUCACACCAGGUCCUCCUCAAAACCAUCGAUAAUCUCUCAGGAGAUCGAAUCGAUCUCAUUGCAUAACCCUAUUCCACUGCAUCUACGAAUAUACGGACUACCCAUCUUAUCGUUCUAUCCAUUACUGUAUUACACCUAUUAUCACAAAUACGACGAAUGGGUGGUAUCGGAAGAAUGGACUUUCAUUUACUGUGUAUUACUCUUUGCCGGUCACGCUUUGAGUUUCUUAAUUACUGCUUGGUCGAGUGGAUUCAACGCUAGAAUCAGUUAUACUACUGCAAAUUCAUUGAAAGACGCUUCGAAGGUCAGAGUGAUUCCUAAUAAAGGUAGAGGUAAAGGUGAAAUUGUUCCAUUGGAUAGUAAAUUGGCUCCAGGAGCUUCUGAACCUACCUAUUCGUUCAUCUAUCAAAGGGAUACCUAUGUUUACGAUGCAUCAACCAACACAUUCACACCCAUUCCAUACCCUUGCGACUCCUCGCCACCCUUAUCGACUUUCCAAUCCUCCAAAGGAAUCUUGACUCACCCAUCGAACAAAUCGUCCGCACCGAACUUAGAAGUACUAAAAUCAACCUACGGACCCAACGAAUGUCAUAUUCCCAUCCCCAAAUUCACCGAACUCUUCGCUGAACAUGCCGUAGCUCCAUUCUUCGUUUUCCAGAUCUUCUGUGUGGCUUUAUGGUGUUUAGAUGAAUAUUGGUAUUACUCCUUGUUUACCGCUUUCAUGUUGGUCGUUUUUGAAUGUACCGUCGUAUUCCAGCGAGUAAGAACCUUGACCGAAUUUAGAACGAUGAGUAUCACGCCGUACCACGUUCAGACUUUCAGAGAUGGCAAAUGGGUGGAUGUGAUCAGUUCUGAGCUUGUCCCAGGAGAUCUCGUUAGCAUAUUGCGAACCAAACCUGAUUCCGGUAUCCCAUGCGAUCUGCUCUUACUACGUGGAACAUGCAUCGUCAACGAAGCUAUGCUUUCUGGAGAAUCCACACCAUUGUUGAAAGAAAGUGUCGAGCUUCGUGAAGGAUCAGAUAGGCUGGAUAUGAAUGGAGCAGAUAGGAAUAGCGUUUUGUUUUCUGGUACCAAGGCAUUGCAAGUUGAGAAAGCCGGUGAAGGCGGUUUAACCACACCCGAUGGAGGAUGUCUCGCUGUUGUCCUUCGAACUGGUUUCGGUACUACUCAAGGUCAAUUGGUUAGAACCAUGAUUUUCUCUACUGAACGAGUCUCGGCAAACACCUUCGAAGCGUUUUUAUUCAUUGGAUUCUUACUUAUCUUCGCUAUCGCUGCUAGUGCAUACGUAUGGAUCAAAGGACUCGAAAGGGGAAUGGCCAAAGGUAAACUCCUGUUGGAUUGUGUUUUGAUCAUCACCUCCGUCGUACCUCCCGAGCUGCCUAUGGAAUUGUCACUCGCUGUCAAUGCAUCGCUCGUUGCCCUUCAGAAAUACGCCAUCUUCUGUACUGAACCGUUCAGAAUCCCCUUUGCUGGUCGAGUCGACGUAUGUUGUUUCGACAAGACUGGUACAAUCACUGGAGAGAACUUGGUCGUAGAGGGUAUAGCCGGUAUCGAAUCUUCCGAUCCUAAGAAGCUUGUUCCCGUAACUGAGACCGGCAAGAACACUACCCUUACCCUUGCUGCCGCUCAUGCCUUGGUUUUACUGGAAGAUGGAACAAUUGUUGGGGAUCCCAUGGAAAAGACCACUCUGUCGGCACUUGAUUGGAAACUUUCCAAAGGCGACAACAUCUCACCCAACUCUAAAGAGGCACCUCACAAGCAUCAAAUCAAUAUACGAAGACGAUACCAAUUCUCCUCUGCGCUCAAGAGAAUGUCAACUAUCUCUGCCAUCUCCGAUGCCCAUGGUAGAAAAUGGAUCGCGGCUGUCAAAGGUGCACCUGAGACUUUGAAGGGGAUGUAUACCUCCGUUCCUGAAUAUUACGAGGAGACUUAUCGAUGGUACACCCGAAGAGGAAGUCGAGUCUUGGCUUUGGGUAUCAAGGAGAUGAACAUUAGGCCCGAACAGAUCAAUACCAUUCAGAGAGAUGAAGUAGAAUCCAAAUUGACUUUCGCUGGGUUCCUCGUCUUCCACUGUCCACUCAAACCUGAUGCUGUCGAAACUCUCAAGAUGCUCAACGAUUCUUCUCAUAGGUGUAUCAUGAUUACUGGUGACAACCCCUUGACUGCUGUUCACGUUGCCAAGGAUGUCGAAAUCGUAGACCGAGAGACCAUGAUCCUGGAUUUGAAGGAAGGUACAACCUCCGAUGAACUCGUAUGGAAGAACGUCGAUGAAACCAUUGUCAUCCCCGUCAAGGCAUCUGAACCAUUCGAUCAGAAAUUGUUCGACCAAUAUGAUAUCUGUAUAACCGGAGCUGCUUUGAAGCAGUACGAAAACCUCCCAUCCUGGCAUCAACUAUGUAAACACACAUGGGUGUAUGCCAGAGUAUCGCCCUCGCAAAAAGAAUUCAUCUUAUCUACACUUAGAGAUUUGGGAUAUAUCACUCUUAUGGCUGGAGAUGGAACUAAUGAUGUGGGAGCUUUGAAACAAGCUCAUAUCGGAGUUGCAUUAUUGGAUGGAUCGCCUGAAGAUCUCAAAGCUAUUGCUGAGCAUCAAAAGAUGGAAAGGAUGAAGAAAGUAUACGAACAACAAGUCAAAAUUUCAGCAAGAUUCAAUCAACCUCCUCCACCACCGCCACCAGCACUUAGAGAUGCUUAUCCAGAAUUGGUAAAGACUCAACAGGAAGUGGCGGAGAAACAUCAGGGAGCGAGAAAACAGAAUCCUAUGGAGAAGUUCGACAUGGCCACCAUCACUGCGAAAUUAUCCGAAUUGGACGAAGAUCAAGAUGUUCCUCAGAUAAAAUUAGGUGAUGCCUCCUGCGCUGCCCCAUUCACAUCGAAACUUUCAAACGUAUCUGCAAUCACCAAUAUCAUCCGACAAGGUCGAUGUACCCUCGUAGCUACCAUUCAGAUGUACAAGAUCUUGGCUUUGAAUUGUCUCAUCACGGCGUACUCGUUGAGUGUACAAUAUUUGGAUGGAAUCAAAUUUGGUGAUUAUCAAGUUACGAUCACGGGGAUGUUGAUGAGUGUUUGUUUCCUUUGUAUCUCAAGGGCCAAGCCUGUGGAGAAACUAUCCAAGGAAAGACCUUUGGGCAACAUAUUCAACUUUUACGUACUUCUCUCAGUGUUAUUGCAAUUCGCUAUUCAUAUCGUUGCUUUGGUCUACAUUACUGGAUUAUCAAAAUCUUUAGAAGAUCGUGGAGAAGUAGAUUUGGAAAAGAAGUUUGAACCUACUUUACUCAACACUGCGAUCUACCUUCUUGGUCUAUCUCAACAAGUUUCGACGUUCGUGUUGAAUUUCCAAGGCAGACCUUUCAGAGAGGGAAUAAGGGAGAACCCACCUCUCUAUUGGGGGUUAUUGGGUGUAUCGGCUGUGGCUUAUAGUGGUGCGACGGAUUUCGUACCUGAGUUGAACAGGUGGUUACAACUUGUGGAAAUGAGCUCAUCCUUCAAAUUCAAGUUGACCACUUCGAUGAUACUUGACUUCGUCGGUUGUUGGGCGAUUGAGAAAUCAUGUAAAUCCUUGUUUGCUAAUCUCGAACCUGCCGAGUUGGUUACUAGAGGUAGAGAACGAAGGGAGAAGAGGAGAGUGGAGGAGGAGAGAUUGAAAGCUAUAACGGAUGCUGAGAAGAAGGAGCAGUAA